GUGACAUGCCCCUCCGUGUAUCUGCAGCCAUCUGUCACUUGUUCGAGACUGUUGAUUCUGAUGUUAAGAUACCCUAAAGUGAGAGGCAAGCCAAGGCAGAGCUGAGCUGAUGUAUCCUGUGUGCUCUCUAGCUCUGACCCUCAGCAGACAUACAUACAUGAACACUGGUGUGUUACAUGGUAAAAGGAUUUUUUUUUUUAAACCACUCCCAACUCCCAAGGUAGGGUUUCUCUGUGUAACAACUCUUGACUGUCCUGGAACUUGCUUUGUAGACUAAACUGGCCUCAAACUCACAGGCAUCUACUUUCUCUGCAUCCAGAGUGCUGGGAUUAAAGGUAUGUGCCACCACACCUAGCUGAAAGGAUUCUUUUCUAAUAGAAAGAUUAAUUUCUAUUUCCAUGUAUAUUAAGUAUGUCAUGUAUGCUAGGGCCCCUAAAGCUGGAGUUAAAGGCAAUUGCAAGACACUUAAUUGCAACCCAAACUGAGGUCCUUUAGGAGAGCAGCAGGUACUCUUAACCCCUGAGCCAUCUAUCAAGCUCUGCCAAAAUAAUUUUUUUAAAGAUUUAUUUAUUAUAUGUAAGUACACUGUAGCUGUCCUCUGAUACUUCAGAAGAGGGCAUCGGAUUUCAUUGCGGAUGGUUGUGAGCCACCAUGUGGUUGCUGGGAUUUGAACUUGGGACCUUCGGAAGAACAGUCGGCACUCUUAACCACUGAGCCAUCUUGCCAGCCCCCAAAAUAAUUUUUUAAAAGAUUAUUUUAUGUGCAUAAGUAUAUGUUCACCAUUGUAUGCUUGGGGCACACACUCAGAAGAGUGUGUUAGGUCCUCUGGAACUGGAGUCUUUCUAUGAUGAUAAGCUACCUCGGAAUUAUUGAACCUGGGCCCUUUGCAAGGGCAACACAUUCUCUUAACCUCAGAGCCCUCUCUAGCCUGCUGGAAAAGGGAUUCUAAUACUAUUGGAAUAGCACUUUGUCACCUUUUGGCAACCAAUUUUGCACAUUGUCACAUAACUGUGUGCAUGUGGUAGUAAACCAGUGAGCAGUUCUUUAGGCCUAAAGCAAGUCUUUGUUGAAUGUGGCUACCUGGGUUGCUUAUAUUUGGGGUAGAAAACCUCAGUCAAGCAUAUUCCACUAAAGCUAAGAAAAUAUGGUGUUGAGAGUUUGGUGCCUCUAGAUCAGAAAUACUUUCCCAUAUUUCAAAUGAGAAUAUCAGAAACUGUACAAACUGUUAUCAUCUAGCCUACCCCACCCUGUGCAGAAGUGUCAACAAGGUGUGGGCAUGGGAAGAGGAGUUUCUGGCACGAGCAGCCUAGGUGUGGGGACCAUUUCCUGAUGAUGCUCAAACAACCCACGGUCUGGAACAGACUGGGAAAGCAGAGUUUGCAGGGAUGCGGCAUCUAGAAGGCAGUUGGUUGUGUUGGUUUGAGCCCAAGAGCAGAUGUGGGGCAAAGGGUGGAAGGCAGUUUGAUGUGUGGGAACGAGGGCUUGAUGUGUAGGAAUGAGGAAAUUUGCUCAGGUUGGGGAGAAGGGAGGUGGGGAGAGGAGGGGGUUGGAGGGAAUGGUUUGCAGGGUUGGGAUUGGCCAGCACACAGAGGAAAGUCUCUUGGGAGGAAGGCAGUUCUCCAGUGCUGCCAGUAGGUGAUAAAAACCAAAGCAAGAGGCUAGCAGUUGGAUUGGUAGCUUCUCUAGGCAGAUGAUAAGAGACUGGCAGUCCUCCUGUGCCCUGUGCCUGGGGGUGAAGAUGUGAGUGACAGUGGCUAGCCCAGGACUUACUGAGAAGGAAGGUCUGUCUGCAGGUUUUACACAUCUGACCCCUGAACUGGAGUGUCUGCUGCCACCCCCUCGUCCUCUGCAGAAAUGUCUGUCACCUACGAUGACUCUGUGGGAGUGGAAGUGUCCAGCGACAGCUUCUGGGAGGUUGGGAACUACAAACGGACUGUGAAGCGGAUUGACGAUGGCCACCGCCUGUGUGGUGACCUCAUGAACUGUCUGCAUGAGCGGGCACGCAUCGAGAAGGCGUAUGCACAGCAGCUCACUGAGUGGGCCCGACGCUGGAGGCAGCUGGUAGAGAAGGGACCACAGUAUGGGACCGUGGAGAAGGCCUGGAUAGCUGUCAUGUCUGAAGCAGAGAGGGUGAGUGAACUGCACCUGGAAGUGAAGGCAUCACUGAUGAAUGAAGACUUUGAGAAGAUCAAGAACUGGCAGAAGGAAGCCUUUCACAAGCAGAUGAUGGGAGGCUUCAAGGAGACCAAAGAAGCAGAGGAUGGCUUUCGGAAGGCCCAGAAGCCCUGGGCCAAGAAGCUGAAAGAGGUGGAAGCGGCAAAGAAGGCGCACCACACAGCGUGCAAAGAGGAGAAGCUGGCCAUCUCCCGGGAAGCCAACAGCAAGGCAGAUCCAUCCCUCAACCCUGAGCAGCUGAAGAAACUGCAAGACAAGAUAGAAAAAUGCAAACAGGACGUUCUAAAGACCAAGGACAAGUAUGAGAAGUCCCUGAAGGAGCUUGAUCAGACCACACCCCAGUACAUGGAGAACAUGGAGCAGGUGUUCGAGCAGUGCCAGCAGUUUGAAGAGAAGCGCCUGCGCUUCUUCCGGGAGGUUCUGCUGGAGGUUCAGAAGCACUUGGAUCUGUCCAAUGUGGCUAGCUAUAAAACCAUUUACCGGGAGCUGGAGCAGAGCAUCAAAGCAGCAGAUGCGGUAGAGGACCUGAGGUGGUUCCGGGCUAACCAUGGGCCAGGCAUGGCUAUGAACUGGCCACAGUUUGAGGAUGAAGAGUGGUCUGCAGAUCUGAAUCGAACUCUCAGCCGGAGAGAGAAGAAGAAGGCUGUUGACGGUGUCACCCUAACAGGGAUCAACCAGACAGGUGACCAGUCUGGACAGAACAAGCCUGGCAGCAACCUUAGUGUCCCGAGCAACCCCGCCCAGUCCACGCAGUUACAGUCCAGCUACAACCCCUUCGAGGACGAGGACGACACGGGCAGCAGCAUCAGUGAGAAGGAGGACAUUAAGGCCAAAAAUGUCAGCAGCUAUGAGAAGACUCAGACUUACCCCACUGACUGGUCUGAUGAUGAGUCUAACAACCCUUUCUCCUCCACGGAUGCCAACGGGGAUUCGAACCCAUUUGAUGAGGACACGACCUCAGGAACAGAAGUGCGAGUUCGGGCCCUCUAUGACUAUGAGGGGCAGGAACAUGAUGAGCUGAGCUUCAAGGCUGGGGAUGAACUGACCAAGAUAGAGGAUGAAGAUGAACAGGGUUGGUGCAAGGGACGUUUAGACAGCGGCCAGGUUGGCCUAUACCCAGCCAACUAUGUCGAGGCUAUCCAGUGACAGCCCAUGGGCAGGCUGGCGGAGAGACGGAAAUGGGCAGUUCAGGAGCUCCGUUAGCCUUGGCCUGGGCAGUGACACCUCUAGUGCCCCCAGCAGCCAUGUAGGCAUCCACUCCACCUGCAAAAGACGAUGGCUCUGUUGUUCUUGGCUUCCUGGUGUGCUUUGAAGGCAGAUGAGCUGGUGAUUUCAUUGGGCACUUGGCCCUUUUCCAAGCACAUCUGGGCAGAUAUAGACACAGGAAGAUAGGGUCCAACAGCGAGAGCCAGGCCCCUCCCCACCCCCACCAGCUCUCUCUAUCAUGGAUCUGCACCUUCUCGCCCUUGUCUCUCCUGAGUCAUGACGGGUCAUACUGAUUCUUGUUCCACUGAUGAUUUUCUCUGAUGAGGUCCUAUCUGCAAGGUCAAUGAGCAGACUUACAUGCCAUCUUCUGAGUAAAGAGUUUGAGGUUUUAAUUUAAAGGCAAUGUACAGCUAUACUUUUUUAUAUGCUCUUCCAGUCAGUUAAAUUAUGGCCUACACUGAUCUGAGAUGUUCUCCACGUGAGCUGUCUUCAUUUCUCUGUGCUAUGUCCAGAUGUGGGGUUGCUGCAGCCGGGGUUCUAUGGCAAGUGCCAGUUGCAGGGCUAACCUUGUGCAACGUUCCCCAACACUUCCACAUACAGAAAUUAUUUUCACUCUAUCCCUGCUUCAGUUUUUGCAGAUUAACAGUUCUAUUAGUGAUUUGGAAAGUUAACAGUAAGAAGACUAACUUUUCAAAACAGUUGCAUCUGUAGAUUAAGAUGCUUUACAUUAGACCGUUGUGUCUCGAUGUAUAUCUGUAUAUAUUAUUUGAUAAUCAGAAAAUCUAUAGAGUUCACCCACUGUUGAAUGAGAGCUGGUGGCUUCUGACAGCAGAUCUGGUCAACUGCUUGAAGCCCAUGGCAUUGAAGCACAGGCACGGCUGGUUAACGGUGCCCACCCAGUUAGGAUGUGGCUCUGGCCUCUGAGUGGAGCUGCUGGGAAGACUGAUUCUCAUUGGCCUGGGCUCCAAGCUCAUGACCGAGCACUGGAAAAGCUCCUAGGACUUGGUAGUAAUCGUAGACUUCACAGUCCCUGUGUCACUCACUGGAGAGCUAGAGGGAGGGGUUCGACACCCUCCACCACACACACACACACACACACACACACACACACAAGUUCCUCCAGUUGCCCUUGUCCUCAGGUGCAGUGGGACUGUUGUGAGCCCCAGGGAUGGGCACAAAGAGGACUUUUAUUUUGUUAGCUCGGACAGUGCAGUGGUGCACAUCAGCAACUUGUAUUUCUUCGGUGUUUGGCACGAGCACUGUCUCGCUGUGGCUGUGUGUCAUGAGAACUUACCAGCAGAAAUCCUUGUUCCUAAGCUACAGAAUGACCAAAAGCUGUCAAGUCCUUAAUGUUUAGAAACUCCUUAAAAUGUAUAGUAUUUUAGAACAACAACAACAAAACUCAAUAAACAGUUGAUCUUGUGUGUUUGACAGUC